AUGCUUCCGCCCAGCUACCUCCAGUUCGCCGCCGCCGCUCUCAUGAUUCAUCGGCCAUCCAGAGCAUCGCCCAUGCUUGACGCCCGUCGUUUGCAACCUGGAUCUCGUCGCCGCGGAUUGCCUCGCUCAUCAACACUUGACCUUGUGGAUAAGUUUCCCUUCGUGCCGUCGUCCAACACGACACCUCUCGACGCCCUGAUGGCCCGCUUGGAGUCUGGUCCUUGA